GAAAUGAAAAAAGUGGGGACCCCCAACAAAAAUAAGUCACAUGUAAGUGCAAAUAAGAUGUCAUAAAAUCACGCCUACUUCAUCCGUAUCACAUGUUUUAUUUACCUAUGCCUUUGUGCCAUUCUCUUUUAUAUCCAAACACCCCCUAACCAAAAAAAUUAAAAUAAAACAAGUGCCAAAUUUUCAUUCUGUUCAAUUUCUGUUUCUCCCCCCAUCAAAUCAAAACAUAAAAAUGUUCUUCUGUUUUUCUUUAUCUUAUUUGUCGAGAUUUUUCACUGUAUGGAUACUUGUUGUUGAGCUAGCUUCAACGGCCACGAUUAAUCCGUCGUCGAAAAUCGGCAACGGCUACCGUUUGAUCUCCGUUGAUGAUUCUACUAAUGGUGGUGGCUUAAUUGGCCUUCUUCAAGUUAAGCAGAAGAACAAUGUUUACGGCCCGGAUAUUCCACUCUUGCAACUCUUUGUUAAGCAUGAAACAGAGAGCCGAUUGAGGGUUCACAUAACCGAUGCAGAGAAGCAAAGAUGGGAAGUUCCGUACAAUCUUCUACCACGAGAAGCACCUCCGUCAAUUAAACAAACAGUUGGUGGGCAGAGAAAAAAUGCACACAGCAAAACACCCACCUCCUCUGAAUACGCCGGAAAGGAGCUCAUCUUCGCCUACAACGCCGACCCAUUCACCUUCUCCGUCAAACGAAAAUCCAACGGCCAGAUUCUCUUCGACUCCACCUCCGAUGAAUCCGACCCGUACAGCUCUCUGGUGUUCAAAGACCAGUACCUCGAGCUCUCAACGAAACUGCCCAAAGACGCUUCGCUGUACGGUUUGGGAGAGAACUCUCAGGCACACGGGAUUAAACUGUACCCCAACGAACCGUACACGCUGUACACCACUGAUAUAUCGGCGAUUAAUCUGAACGCUGAUUUGUAUGGGUCGCACCCUAUGUACAUGGACCUGCGACACAGUGGAGCGGAGCCCUCUGCCCAUGCAGUUUUGCUGAUGAACAGUAACGGGAUGGAUGUUUUCUACAGGGGGAAUUCUUUGACGUAUAAAGUUAUUGGGGGUAUUUUCGACCUUUACUUCUUCUCCGGUCCUUCUCCUUUGGCCGUUGUUGAUCAAUAUACUUCGCUCAUUGGCCGGCCGGCUGCUAUGCCCUACUGGGCUUUUGGUUUCCAUCAAUGCAGAUGGGGGUACCACAAUUUAUCAGUGGUGGAAGACGUAGUCGAAAAUUACAAAAAAGCCGAAAUCCCGCUCGACGUAAUAUGGAACGACGACGACCACAUGGACGGCCACAAAGACUUCACCCUCAAUCCGACCGCCUACCCCCGCCCGAAUCUCUUAGCCUUCUUGGACAAAAUCCACUCCCAAGGCAUGAAGUACAUUGUCCUAAUCGACCCUGGCAUCGGCGUAAACGCCACCUACGGUGUCCACCAACGAGGCAUAGCGAAAGACGUCUUCAUCAAAUACCAAGGCAAACCCUACUUGGCCCAAGUAUGGCCGGGGGCCGUCAACUUCCCGGACUUUCUCAGUCCGGGAACCGCCGACUGGUGGGCUGACGAGAUCCGUCGGUUCCACCAGCUCGUUCCGGUGGACGGCCUCUGGAUCGACAUGAACGAGGCCUCCAAUUUCUGCACGGGCCUAUGCACAAUCCCGACGGGUCGGAUCUGCCCGAACGGAACCGGGCCGGGUUGGAUUUGCUGCCUUGACUGCAAGAACGUGACCAAUACGAAAUGGGACGAUCCGCCGUACAAAAUCAACGCGUCGGGCAUACAAGCGCCUAUUGGGUACAAAACGAUAGCCACGAGCGCUUAUCACUACAACGGAGUUUUGGAGUACGACGCACAUAGUUUGUAUGGCUUCUCACAAUCGAUCGCCACCCACAAGGCGCUUUUGGGGUUAGAGGGGAAACGCCCGUUUAUUCUGACCCGUUCGACUUUUGUUGGGUCUGGUCGUUACGCGGCUCAUUGGACGGGUGACAACAAAGGAACAUGGGAGGAUUUAAGGUACUCCAUUUCGACUAUAUUGAAUUUCGGUAUAUUUGGCGUGCCGAUGGUUGGAUCCGACAUAUGUGGAUUCUAUCCGGCUCCGACGGAGGAGCUCUGCAACCGUUGGAUCGAGGUCGGUGCUUUUUACCCUUUCUCACGAGACCAUGCAAACUUCUAUUCUCCGAGACAAGAGCUCUACCAGUGGGAAUCAGUGGCGGAAUCCGCUAGAAACGCUCUCGGAAUGCGGUACAAGCUUCUACCCUAUAUAUACACGCUUAGCUACGAAGCCCACUUACACGGGGCCCCAAUCGCCCGACCCGUUUUCUUCACGUUCACGAACGACACCGAAUUGUACGGUUUGAGCACACAAUUCCUUCUCGGGCGGGGUUUAAUGGUGACUCCGGUGCUCGAGCCGAAUAAAACCAUCGUGGAUGGAAUAUUCCCACGCGGUAGUUGGUACAACAUGUUUGAUUUCACGAAGGCGAUCGUUUCAAAAGGGUCGUCCAAUCGCGUGGCGCUCGACGCUCCGUUGAAUUCGAUCAACGUCCAUUUGUACCAAAACACGAUUAUCCCAAUGCAACAAGGUGGAUUGAUAUCGAAGCAAGCGAGGACUACGCCUUUUGCCCUUGUCGUAGCGUUCCCGUUAGGUGAAACAAAAGGGGAAUCGAAAGGGAAUCUUUUCCUCGACGAAGACGAGAACCCGGAGAUGAAACUCGGAAAUGGGCACUCGACGUAUGUUGAUUUUUACGCGAGGAUUAGUAACGGGAGUGUGAAGGUUUGGUCGGAGGUCGACGGAGGAGGGUUUGCUUUGGAGAAGGGAUGGAUUGUUGAGAAAGUGAGUGUGCUUGGAUUGCAUGGAGGGAAUAAGAGUGGAUUUGAGAUUGAAAUUGAUGGGAAUAAAAUUGAAGAUGGUUCAAAUGUGGAAUUUAGAACAAUUGAACAUGAAUUUGUAGGUAAAUUGGAAGAAGGUGGGAAUAAAAUUAAGAGUGUGAUGGUGGAGAUUACAGGGUUGGAAUUGCCUGUGGGGAAGAAUUUUGCUAUGUCCUGGAAAAUGGGAAUCCAAGGUUGAAACAAUAUUUAUGGUGGGAUUUAUUAUUAUUAAAAAAAAAAAUUGUUGUAACACUACCUAAUUUUAUCUUGCCAAUGAGGGUUCUUGCAUUAUGAAAUAAAAUUCUCGAAUUAAAUUGCAAAAAUUCAAAUUGAAAGUUGGAGGAAA